GGCGGCCGUGGCCCGGCGGCCUGGGACAGAAUCAGAGUCGACGGUGGCGGCGGCGGCGGCGGCGGCUGCCGCGGCAGUGGCGACGGCCGCGGGGACUCGGAGCUGAGAGGAGCUGCUGCUCGGACCAGCGCGGUUAUAUUUCACACUAUGUGCUGACUGUAUCUACAGAAGAUAUUUAAAAAAAAAAAAAACUUUUUUCAAAGAUUUUGAUUCCAGUGGAAUCUUUGCUUUAGAUUAUUUUCUGUGUGUGUGUGUGUGUUAGUGAAUUGUAACUCCAGUAACAAUGCCUGUACAAGCUCCACAGUGGACGGAUUUCCUCUCCUGCCCAAUUUGCACUCAGACUUUCGAUGAAACAAUUCGAAAGCCCAUCAGUUUGGGUUGUGGCCAUACUGUCUGCAAGAUGUGCCUGAAUAAACUCCACCGCAAGGCUUGCCCAUUUGACCAGACCACUAUCAAUACAGACAUUGAGCUCCUCCCCGUGAACUCAGCAUUGCUGCAGCUGGUGGGUGCUCAGGUCCCUGAGCAGCAACCCAUUACUUUGUGUAGUGGGGUUGAAGAUACAAAGCAUUAUGAGGAAGCCAAGAAAUGUGUAGAAGAAUUAGCAUUGUACCUGAAACCACUCAGCAGUGCUAGAGGAGUGGGUCUGAAUAGCACUACUCAGAGUGUUCUGAGUCGCCCAAUGCAGAGGAAGCUGGUGACUCUGGUCCACUGCCAACUAGUGGAAGAAGAAGGCAGGAUUCGUGCUAUGAGAGCAGCCCGAUCUUUAGGUGAACGAACAGUUACAGAGCUCAUUCUUCAGCACCAGAAUCCUCAGCAACUCUCCUCUAAUCUUUGGGCAGCAGUCAGGGCUAGGGGCUGCCAGUUCCUUGGACCAGCAAUGCAGGAGGAAGCUCUAAAGCUGGUUCUCCUGGCCUUGGAAGAUGGUUCUGCUCUGUCAAGGAAAGUCUUGGUUCUCUUUGUGGUGCAAAGGUUGGAGCCGCGGUUUCCUCAGGCCUCUAAAACUAGCAUUGGGCAUGUUGUUCAGCUCCUUUAUAGAGCUUCCUGCUUCAAGGUCACCAAGCGUGAUGAAGACUCUUCUUUGAUGCAACUAAAGGAAGAAUUUAGAACCUAUGAAGCGCUGCGGCGAGAACAUGACUCCCAGAUAGUGCAAAUUGCUAUGGAAGCAGGCUUACGAAUUGCACCAGACCAAUGGUCCUCUUUACUUUAUGGAGACCAGACUCACAAGUCUCAUAUGCAGUCAAUUAUUGACAAGUUGCAGACCCCAGCCUCUUUUGCACAAAGUGUUCAGGAACUAACAAUUGCUCUCCAGCGAACUGGAGAUCCAGCAAAUUUGAACCGACUAAGACCCCAUUUGGAGCUAUUGGCAAACAUUGACCCUAGUCCAGAUGCUCCUCCUCCUACUUGGGAGCAGCUAGAAAAUGGGCUGGUUGCUGUGCGGACUGUGGUACAUGGGCUAGUAGACUAUAUCCAGAACCAUAGCAAAAAGGGAGCAGAUCAACAGCAGCCUCCACAGCAUAGCAAAUAUAAAACAUACAUGUGUCGAGAUAUGAAGCAGAGAGGAGGAUGCCCUCGUGGGGCCAGCUGUACAUUUGCACACUCACAGGAGGAACUGGAGAAGUUUCGUAAAAUGAAUAAACGCCUAGUUCCCAGAAGACCCCUGAGUGCCUCUUUGGGUCAACUUAAUGAGGUGGGCCUGCCUUCAGCAGCUGUCCUUCCAGAUGAAGGUGCAGUGGAUCUGCCUAGCAGAAAAACCCCUGCUCUGCCAAAUGGAAUUGUAUCAGCAGGGAGUACAGUAACACAGCUGAUUCCACGAGGGACAGAUGCCACCUAUGAUUCUAGUCUGAAGCCAGGAAAGAUAGACCAUCUGAGCAGUAGCGCCCCUGGAUCUCCUCCUGACCUGCUAGAAUCUGUCCCUAAGAGUAUUUCUGCCUUACCUGUGAAUCCACAUCCUGUACCUCCAAGGGGGCCGACAGAUUUGCCUCCGAUGCCUGUCACCAAACCACUUCAGAUGGUACCACGAGGUUCUCAGUUGUACCCAGCACAGCAGGCGGAGGUUUAUUACCAGGACCCUCGAGGAGCUGCUCCACCGUUUGAACCAGCACCGUAUCAGCAGGGUAUGUACUAUACUACACCACCACAGUGUGUGUCUCGCUUUGUCAGACCUCCACCAUCUGCUCCUGAACCUGGUCCUCCCUACUUGGAUCAUUAUCCACCCUAUCUCCAAGAUCGUGUAGUCAACUCUCAGUAUGGCACACAGCCACAACAGUACCCACCUAUGUACCCACCACACUAUGACGGCCGCCGAAUGUACCCUGCUCAGUCUUACACAAGAGAGGAGAUUUUCCGAGAAAGUCCUAUACCCAUUGAGGUUCCACCUGCAGCAGUACCAUCCUAUGUACCAGAAUCCAGAGAAAGAUACCAACAAAUGGAGGGUUACUAUCCAGUGGCUCCUCAUCCAGCUCAGAUCAGACCUUCGUACAGAGACUCUCCUUAUAGCCGGCUUCCUCCUCCUCCUCCUCAGCCCCAUCCUAGUCUAGAUGAGCUUCAUCGAAGACGAAAGGAAAUAAUGGCCCAGCUAGAGGAAAGGAAGGUCAUCUCUCCACCUCCUUUUGCACCUUCGCCAACAUUGCCUCCUACCUUUCAUCAAGAGGAAUUUCUGGAUGAAGACUUGAAGGUAGCUGGGAAAUACAAAGGAAAUGAUUAUAGCCAGUAUUCUCCCUGGUCAUGUGACACCAUCGGCUCCUACAUUGGAACCAAAGAUGCAAAACCCAAAGAUGUGGUGGCAGCAGGGAGUGUGGAAAUGAUGAAUGUGGAGAGUAAAGGGAUAAGAGAUCAGCGACUGGAUCUUCAGAGAAGAGCAGCAGAAACCAGUGAUGAUGACCUUAUCCCAUUUGGAGACCGACCAACUGUAUCUCGGUUUGGUGCCAUCUCUCGAACCUCCAAAACAAUAUACCAGGGAGCUGGUCCAAUGCAGGCCAUGGCACCUCAGGGAGCUCCCACAAAACCUAUUAAUAUUUCAGAUUAUAGUCCAUAUGGAACCCAUGGUGGCUGGGGAGGUUCUCCAUAUUCAACUCAUCAAAACAUUCCUUCUCAGGGACACUUCAGUGAGAGGGAGAGAAUGUCCAUGUCAGAAGUGGCCAGUCAUGGAAAACCCCUUCCAUCUGCUGAGAGGGAACAGCUGCGACUAGAAUUGCAACAACUAAACCAUCAAAUUAGCCAACAGACUCAGCUACGUGGGCUAGAGGCUGUUAGUAACAGGCUGGUGUUGCAGAGGGAGGUGAACACCCUGGCAGGCCAGUCACAGCCCCCACCACCACCUCCAAAGUGGCCUGGAAUGAUUUCAAGUGAGCAGUUGAGCUUGGAACUGCACCAGGUGGAAAGGGAAAUCGGAAAGAGAACCCGGGAACUGAGUAUGGAGAACCAGUGUUCCCUGGACAUGAAAAGCAAAUUGAAUACAAGUCAGCAAGCUGAAAAUGGACAACCAGAACCACAAAAUAAGGUUCCAGCUGAGGACCUUACAUUGACAUUCAGCGAUGUACCAAAUGGCUCAGCUUUGACACAAGAGAAUAUCAGCCUCCUGUCAAACAAGACCAGCUCUCUGAACCUGUCAGAGGACCCCGAGGGAGGAGGUGACAACAAUGACUCCCAGAGAGCAGGAGUCACACCCACUUCUGCUCCCUAAAUUAUGAAGAGUCCAACGUUUAUCUUUUGCUCCUGAUUAAUUUGUGGGGCAUAGGGGUAGGAGAACAGAUAACUUCUAAACUUUUUCUCUGAGAGUGGUCAGAGAAAUCAAGGAAAAGUAGCGGAGGCAAUGUGCACAAACACCACUACUAAAAACAAACCCUGCACAUAGUUCACAUUAAUGCAUUUUUUAAUUUAAAAAAAAAAGAAAAAGAAAAAGAAAAUUAGCAGUAUCUGCAAGCAAUUCAGAUUAAAUUUGUUUUUGUUCUGUGAAUGAACUUUAUUUUAAUAACUUUGGACGCCUUGGAUCCAGGGCUUUAAAAAAAAAGAAGAUAUUAUAUAUACACUCUGUUUGAUUAAUUGUAUGAUCUUAAUGAAGUAGGUUUUUCUUGUAUUUUGGUAUUAUUACAUACCCAGUGUAUAAUUCCUUACCCCCAGUCCUAUCCAAUGUUUGCAAACCCCAUAAAUUAAGACAGACAGAAAGCACCAGACUGUGAGAAUUUGGUGGUGCUUGAGAAACAAAGAGACAGUAGUAGACUAGUUAUUAGAAAAUGUGCAGCAAACCAACUUUUCCAAGAGCUAUUACUUGAAAGUCAUAAUUUUCUUUCUCUUUCUGGUUACUGGCCUCAUAUGUAUGUUUUUCAUAUGGCACUAAAACUUUUGGUUUUCGCUUUUUCAGAGAGAUAAUUACCAAUUAAUUUUUUGAAGUCCUCACUUCCAUAUUAAGGAUCCAUGUCAUUCUCUUAAUGUAAUCAGAAAGUCAGGCCAAUAUGGUAGGCUCUUUGAUUAGUUUAAAUGGAGAUGAUUUUAAGAAUGAACUGUAACUUACUAGUACUGAAAAUACAUGGUCAGUGUAUUACCUGUACUAAGCGGAUGGUUGGAAAUUUGGAGCUGUGCUCUUUCAAAUUAAACUUCUGCUAAAAUCAUAAAAUGUAUUAAAAAAAAAUCAGCCAUGUUUUAAAACUGCAACACUUGACUUGAACUGAAAAUGAACAGUCAUCUUAUUUCAGUGGAUGUUUUUAUUUUGUUUUACUGUCAAAACCCAAAAGUAUAAAAUCACAUGAAAGCCACUGGCUUUCGAGUAGAUUUGGCAAAUACACACUGCCCAGAUCGUAAGGAUAGUUAUGAAUUGACUAGUUGUUGUUCAGAAUCAUUGGCACCAUUAGGUCGUAAAUAUCUAAAAGUCAGUUUUCUUAGACUUGACUUUACAGUAGUGAAGAGAUUCUUCGUAAAAGUGUUGAAAAGAAUAAGGAAGAAUUUUUUUAAUUUAGUUCUGCUGCACAUAUUCUGAUGCCAUGUGUCUAUACUGAACUAAGACCCUCUAGAACAUGUUUAGUGGGGAUUAUUUGAUGUAGUCACCCUCCCCAUCCCUCCGUUUGCCUGAUUUUUUAAAACUUUCCCUUUCUGGACUAUACUACUAAAACAGAAAGCACUGGUUAUGUAAUAAGUUACUGCAUUGCUUUGGUUGGGUAAAAGCAAGAGUUUGUAUUUUUCUUGUUUCUUAUUUUCUUAACCCUUAACUCCUGCUGAGGUCAUAACAACCUCAGUGUAAGCUCUGUGUCCAUCAUACUGUUAACUGAAAUAAAUGGGGGGAGGGGGGAGGGAAAUACAGUCCUGCCAUUGCCUACCAGUAGGAGAGUCCAAACAGAACACUCUUUUGAGUAGCGAUUAUUUAAUUUGCCCAGUCAAGGCACCGUGUUUAUAUACUAUUUCACAUUGAAUUUGAUUAUGCCCUACAGACCUGGCUGGUCAAGGAUUUGAUAUACACAUAUUGGCUUGGGAUUCGAGCUUUCUUUUUUAUUUAAAUAAAAAUUUAUAUAUAUUAUAUAUAUAUACAUAUAUACAUAGCUAUAUCUGUAUAUAUAUUGGGUAUGUUUUAAGGAUUUUUUCGCAUGAGCGCAGCUGUUGCGAUAAAAUGACUGAUUGGGAGGUAGAAGCACUGAAUGAAGAUGAGGCAUUUUUUCAGUUGAUAUCAUAUUUUCCUUUUUUAAAAAAUACACACUUGCUUUUUUUGCUUUUUUGUUUGUUUUCGUUUUUGCUUGAAACCCUCUUAUAUGUAAGUGCUUAUUGUUUUUUGGGAGAAGGAGAGAAACUUUGUAUGUCUGACAGAGUCCCAAGAUUUUUCAUUUCUUUGUAUAACUAUAAAAGGCAACAUUCUUGGCCUCCAACCUUCUGUAGGCAGAUUUGGGCAGAUCUUAUUUCUCAUUUGGACAUGUUCGAUAAUUCCUAAAUUUUAGAAGCAGUUGGUUCAGUUUGGAACUCAGAAUGAUUCUGGUAUUAGGGAAUUUUUGAGUAUUGAUUUUGUUGAAGUUCAGAAUAAAAGUAAAAUUCUAUUUUGGAAAUCCAUUGACACAUCUAAUAAGUCAACUUCUGUUAUUUUUAUAUCCUCCAAAUACCCUCCCUUUGCUUCCACCAUUUUUAUUUCAUAAGCUAGGCAGGAAUAGGUAGUAUUUCUAUUAUGAAUAAAACCAGAAAAGCCACUAUUUUGAAUUGACUUAAAAUCGUCCCUUUCACUUUUUAAGGUAAUUUCAUUGGUGAUGGGGGUGGGGGGCAGAUCACUUAAAUUGUAGCCUUAAUUCUAGCUGUACCUCAGUAAGGCCCCACACACUCUAGAGGAAAUCUGGUUGGGUAGAAAGGCAGAAGAAUGAUAGCCUAUCCCACUGUGCCUUUAACUUACCUAUUUUAACUUACCUUACUUAACUUACUUAUUGGUCAUUCUGCCUUAUCUCAGUGGAAAUUCUUAAAACUUUCCUAGUACCCCCAAGCAGCUUUAGAAAUUAAAUAAAACUCCAAAGUUUGGAUUUUUUUUUUCCUUUUCCCUUGCUCUGUGAUACACUUUGUGAAACGAUGAACCUGUAAGGGUAAGCAGCCUUUUUGGGCAAAACUGCUUGACUCUUUUUUUAACUGCUUGACUCUUCAGCUGCUGUUUUUUUUUUUUUUUUUUUUUUUUUUUGUCAAAACCUGUGAAAGGGAUUGUUUUUUGGGGGUUUUUUGUUUUUGUUUUUGUCUUUGUUUUUCGCUUUUAAAAUGUAUGCAUUUAGAGACAGUUAAAUCAGUCAAAUAGGAAAUACAGUUUUUAUGCUUUCUACUUAGUAAAUAUUAAUUCCUUCUGGAGAUGACUUUAUUUGCUUUUCAUUGAAUUCAGAAGCAAGACUGACAUCACAGAUGAACGUGAGCAAUUCUGAGAGGGUGAAGGUAGGAGUAUAGUAAUCAUUGUGUUCACUCUUGUUUAGAUAACAAAACCAGAAUCUUAUUAUAGCUAGGAAUAUAAAAGUACUUUUUUUUUCCCCCAAGGUAUCUCUGGAAAAGUGUAGAAGAGCUAAGAAUAAGGUAUCUACACAUAGUUUCCUAACUUAUAUAUAGUUCUUUUACCUUAUAGAUACUGUCACAAGAUAAGUCCAGUAGCUGCCCUGUCUUGGGUAAUUUACAGAAGCUAAAGUGACCAAAGAUCCAUUCCUUAUAACUUUUGUAAUCAAAAGAACAGUUAGUUAUAGCAUAGGUUUCUAGUAAUAGUAUUCACAUGAUAAGACACUAUUUCUAAUGCCAGUUAUAAAUAUCCAAAUACUCAGAAUGUAUAAAAAAUUAUUUGGUAUGGCAUUAAUGUGGCUGAUUCCCUUCUCUCAUCGUAUUUCCCUUCCCUCUGGACUUCCCCAUGCAUUUAUUCUUUUGCCUAAAAGACAUAAAAUUGGUAUGAUUCUCAUUUGCUACCAUGAAUGUGUAACUCCAUCAGACUUUCCAUAGGUCUUCAGGGUUGGAGCUCAAAGUUUGUUUUGUUUUUUUUUUCCUGACUUUUUUCUGUCUUGCAAAUUCCCCUUGACUUACCCACUGCCCUCCCCAAUCUGCAACAGUGACAGUUUGCUGCCUCAAAACAGAGCAUUCAAAUGAAUUCGCUUAGCCAAUAACUUCUGUGAAGUUGCCUUUUCUAAUGGUGUUAUUACUCAGUGAUGCACAAAUGUGGUAUUUGCCCUACUGGUAGGCAAACAAAGGUCUGGUUAAGAAUGGUAACCUGCUGUUUUCUUUAAAGGAGAGCCAAAGACUUGUGCUUUACUCUGUUUUGGUUUUGGGGGAAAUAGCCAUUUUGAUUGUGAAACCUUUUAGUAUUUGUCAGUUGAUUGUACUGUGUAAGUAGAUUUAUCUAAAGAUAACUGUUAAAGGUAGCUGGCCUUAUAAAAUGUAAAAGUAAUGAAAAUUCACUAGUUUCUCUAAACCAGUGAAUGUCAUCUUUUACAAUAUUGUGUGUAAGUAGACCCCCUGUUUUUUGAGAUUAUCUUGUUAUGAUAGCAUCUUGUGUGUUUUGGUUUUGUACUUGUGUCUGGAAGGACAAUCUCUAUCACUAUGGUCAAGCUAUGAGACUGGGUAAAAGAAUUCAUGAGCAUGUGACUGGUGAGAAAUAAACUAUAGUCACUGCAUGUCUACGAUUAUAUUUGGAUUUGGAGAAAAACAUUCUCUUCACUAAAAAGUAUUUGAGCGCUUUGAAAUACAAAUGGUGACGGAUGGAGGUCUUACCAUCUUUUUUCCACUUCAUUUUUGCUCAUUUUAAAGAACUGAGUAAAGGUUUCAUAAUUUUAAAUUUACCUGUUAAAAGCACCUGUAAUGAUACAUAUUUUGUAAAAGGAAAGAUCCAGUUACUUUUUUGGAGAAAUUAAUGAUCUGCCUGGAAAUUAACUUCAGUGUUUAUCUAGAUUUGUCCCCUAAAAGAGCCUGAUUGUGUUUAUUUUUAGUUGGUGAUACCUGGUGAUAGUGUUACAAGAUGAUCUCUUCCCUGAAAAGUCAGCCUGUCCUUUUAGAAAAAAAAUUAGAGGAACUAAACUAAAGCAGAUUUCACUUUCAACAGUAGGGAUUGAACAAACAAGCAGUCUACUGCUGUCAUCAUUUUACCCAUUUUGCUGGUCCUCAUUCAUACCUUUCUACCUUGGACAGCUAUGACUUUUAUAUUUAUUUGUGCUUCAGCUCAGCUUUAUGAAAUUUUCCUGCUGAAAGGAUUUACUGGGAGUUAUAGGUGGAUUGCAGUUAAUAUUUUAUUAAAUUCUUUAUUCAGUUUUUCUGAGCCAUUUGAAAAAGAAAGCUGUUUUUGUCAAAAGGUACUGUUAAUUGUAGUAAAUACCAACUUAAGAUUUGGUUUUUAAGAUUUUAUUGCUUUGACUGCUAAAGAUGUUUUCACGUAUAAAAUAUUCUAAUUGAUAAGUAAUACUAGCUAUGAUGUUAAUAAUAGGACACUGCCACCACCAGGAAGAAGUAACACCUUUUAAUAAUAAAUGUGUUCCCAAUAGGUGGGUUUUCAAUACUGCACUGAAGAAAGUGGGUAGAGCCCUUUGAAAUUGUUGUGAUAAAGGGACUUAACCUCAUCACUGGAAUCCUCCUUUUCAGAGCCUCUGAAUUUUCAGCCAAACACUGAAUUUACUUUGAAUUUUAUUCCUAAACAAAACAUCCCUAGAGUAAUAACCUUUGUUUUCACAAGAAAAUAAGGCACAAUAACCCAAGAGAGAAGUUAAACCUCAAGAUAAUAUUGUGUCCAAAAAUGUGUAUUUAGAAAAGUUAAAUCCUGUGGAGUUAGUAUAUGUAUGUAUAUGUAUGUAUAUCUAUACACACACACACACACACACACGACAAGGUGACUUAUUUUAUUGUACUGAGGUCUGUUUCUGGUUGUUUUUGUUUUGUUUUGCUGUUUUUAACUCUGCAUAGACAGAGCUCACAAGUCUUUGGCUUCCAUUUUAGGUUGUACACUCAGAGUCAUCUUAUAACUGGAAACUAUCAGACAGCCCCUGCCCCCCACCCCAGCCAGUGCAUGAAAGAGUCAUGAAAAGGAUGGAAAGAAACUAUUGGAUAAUUGGUUGCCUGGAUGUUGUUGGGUUUUGGUUUGGGGGGGGGUUGCCUAUUGUUGUUUUUUAAAAUCACCAUUUAUAGUGUAAUCACUGAUUGACUGCCAUUCUUACAAUAGUAUCUAAACAACCCUGUAAUUUAUUCCUCUGAUUUAAAGGUAUUUGAAGCUUUUGUUUAUCAUUUUUACAUCCUCUUUUCAACGAAGGCACUGUCCUGAGAGCUACUUUUUCCAGGUGUGUUGUUGCCCACAUUUUCAUUGCCAUACCCCACAUCCCAACCCACCCCAAUCGCCCUUCAUCCUCUUCUUACCUUCUGGAAAUGAAAGGAACUUGCAGGGGAAUUUUCUUUUUUCCAUUUUAUUCACUGAUCAGAGGCCUUGUUGUCUUACUUUAUGAUGAUACUCUAACUUUUUGGAACAAGAGCAGUGGAAAAAGUUAAUUAAGAUGAUGAACAAAAUCUUUUACCCACUGAAGCAUUUUCCAGUUGUGAGAUUCCUCUUUGUGUGUGGUCUCCCCUUGUUCCUCCUGCUACCCUUUUCCCAUGACUAUGGUCAAUUUGGUCUUUAGGCUCAUACCAGUCUCCCCGAGACAUUCUGCAGUCAUUAUCACCUUUUUGGGUGGAUUUUAUUUUGUUUUAUUUUGGUUUUUGGUUUUUUGUUUUUUAAAAAACUUUUUAACAUUGAUGCAUAUUUGCUUGGGAUAGAGCUUGUGUACUUUACCAAUCGUAUUGAUUGUAUGUGAUUGUGCCCUGCAGAGGUAUAUUUAACAAGACAAAAAUAAUUGAGGUUAAUAAAGGAGCCCAUGAGAUUUGAGUCAGGUUAUAGAUGACUUCAUGAAAUCACUUAGUUUUGGACAGUGAGAAUUUAUAUCUCCUAUUCUUAUAAAUCAGUGCUAGACAAAGUACCAUUUUUAAAAAGUUCUCUUGAAUUCCUAUUUUUUUCCUUGCCUCAGCUCCCUGUUUAUUCUUGCCUGUCUCCACCCACCUGUUCAGGAAUAAAAAUAUUGUCUUAAAGUGACAGCUGAUUUUUAAAUUGCUAAAGUUUGUGAAAUUUUACUUUUUCCAGGUGUUUUCAACUUUCUAAAAAAAGAAAUGAAAAUAAAUGGGUUGGAAUUUCACAAACUGUGAAUAGUUCUUGAGAUUCUGGCAAACUGUGAAAUCUUAUUUGAAGACUAUCUCUUGAAAGUUGUGGUUUUGGAAUAGGAAGAAAAAAACCCUGUUGGAAAUGGACCAUUUUCUUCUCUUUUUAAUGUGUUUAUAUUUCCAGUUUUUAAAUAGCCUUCAAAACAAGUGAGGUGGAAAUAAAGAGUAAUAGGAAGAUGUUUAGGGCAGCAGAAUUCUGGGUCUGAAUGAGUACAUGUUAUACUUGUCAGGUUUUUAAGAGGGUUAAGUCCAUCUUUAUCAAUUUUGUAUUACUUGUGUGCAUGUUGUUUAUAUCAAAGAUGCCACAUUUUGUUAAAAUGCUAUUUCUUUUAUUACCGUGGAAACUGACUCAGCCUCAUGUUGCUCCUAACUAGUGUUUAAAGCUCCCAUGAGUUGCAGAUAAAAGGGUUAUUGUAACAAGUAGAAGGAGGUGAUUCACCUUUUGGUUUGUAAAUAUAUGAAAGUGUCUACAAGGUCUUUAUCUGCUUUCUGUCAGCAUUUAUAUUAAAUGAUAAAUUAAUGAGGA